GGCGCCCCCGCCUGGCGCGCCUGGAGUGAGUGUGUGGGUCCCGGGAGCUGCGGUCCUGGCACGCGAAGAAGGAAGGGCUCCCCUCAUCGCCCUUGUCCCGUUCCGCCUGAGACGAGGUCACCGCGCCGACCGCCAACGCAAGUACUGCCCGAGAACGCGGGCCUCCGGCGGAGGAAGGAAACUCCCGGGCGCCUCACGGCCCUGCUCACCCAGCACGCGGAGCCGCCCCAGCCUUACCCGUCCCAGCCUGGAGUCUGCAGAGCAGGCGGCUUAGGCUGCAGAAUAAUAACUGCUAAGCGCUGCCUUAGAAAUCCAAACGUUUAAAUAUUCGCUACUACUUAGAUUUAAAACUAUUUUGUAUACAUGAGGAGUGACUCCAUACCAAUCACAAUAUGUCAAGAAAGAAAAAAAGACCCAAUGGAAAUGUUUCAAUCUGGACAAAUGGUAAAAAUCUGUGCCCCAAUGGUUCGGUAUUCAAAGUUGGCUUUUAGAACACUAGUAAGAAAAUACUCUUGCGAUCUGUGUUAUACACCAAUGAUAGUUGCUGCUGAUUUUGUCAGAUCUAUAAAAGCAAGAGACAGUGAAUUUACCACAAACCAAGGUGAUUGCCCAUUGAUUGUUCAGUUUGCUGCUAAUGAUGCAAGAAUUUUAUCUGAUGCUGCUCAAAUAGUCUGCCCCUAUGCAAACGGAAUAGAUAUUAACUGUGGUUGCCCUCAGAGGUGGGCAAUGGCAGAAGGUUAUGGAGCUUGCUUAAUAAACAAGCCAGAGCUUGUUCAAGAUAUGGUGAAACAAGUAAGAAAUCAAGUGGAAAAUCCUAGAUUUUCAGUUUCAAUUAAGAUAAGGAUCCAUGAUGACCUUACAAGAACCAUAGAUCUUUGCCAGAAGGCUGAAGCAACAGGAGUGUCCUGGAUUACAGUUCAUGGAAGAACCAUUGAAGAAAGACACCAACCAGUCCACUAUGAGGCCAUUAAAAUAAUAAAAGAAAGUGUGUCUAUACCUGUAGUUGCUAACGGAGACAUAAGAAACUUAAAAGAAGCAGAAAAUGUGUGGCAGAUGUCUGGGACAGAUGGUGUGAUGGUUGCAAGGGGACUUUUAGCAAACCCAGCUAUGUUUGCUGGAUAUGAAGAAACCCCACUGAAAUGUAUCUGGGACUGGGUUGAUAUUGCUCUUGAACUUGGAACUCCUUUUAUGUGUUUCCAUCAACAUUUAAUGUACAUGAUGGAAAAGAUAACAUCCAGGCAGGAAAAAAGAGUAUUUAACGCUUUGUCAAGCACAUCAGCAGUCCUGGAGUACCUGACAGACAAUUAUGGUGUUUGACUCGACUUUCUAAAUCAUUGUAGUAUAAUUUGAUACCUACAUGGAACCCUAUGAAGUUACAUCCUGGUAUUUCUUUUAAACCUGUAGCUUUUAACUUCAGUACAGCAGCAGUCGCUGGGGCCAGACAUCAUGGCACAUGUCUUUAAUCCAAGCAUUUGGAAAGCUGAAGGAAAAAGACUGGAAGUUCUAGGCCAGUAAGACUCUGUCUCAAAGAACAAAUGGAAAUUUUCCCAGAAUUUUAAAAACUCAGACCUGGGGCUGGAGAUAUUGCUCACAGUUAAAACACGGGCUGCUCUUCCAGAGUACCUGGAUCCGAUUUCCAACUCGCAAGUGGCUGCUCACUACCAUCUGCAACUCCAGUUCCAGGGGAUCCAACACCUUCAGGCCUCCUCAGGCACUAUCCAGGCAUUACAUUCAGCUAAAACACGGAACUUUUUACACAUAAAAUUUAAAAAAAGUAAAAUCAGUAAAAUACCCUUUCCUCAUGGAUUCCAGUUCAAUAAAUUUUGAGUGGACCCCGAAUUUCAGUUUUAAAGAAUCAGGAGGUUCACAUAUCCCAUAGUCCCAAAUCAAAUAUUGAAAACUUUGCUCUGAAUAUUUAUGAAUUGUGGGGUGUGUGUGUGUGUGUGUGUGUGUGUGUGUGUGUGUGUGUGUGAUUUUUUACUAAAGGCAUUCUCUUUUUAACACUUUUAAAUAAAACUUUUUUUAACAUCAAGAAGUUAUUACUCAUUUGUAAGUUAACAAGUACAAUUUUUUUUAUUUUUUGAAAGUUCAGGAAGUAGUAGAACAAAUGUCUCCAUCUAUAAAAAAUGAAAAAGAACAAGA